AUGUACAGAAAGUUUAAAAAUAAUAGUAAAGCGCUGUUUUUGACACCAUUUAUAGAGUCGGGUCGUAUAGCAGCCGGACAACAGGCAAGUCUAGUGACCGGUUUGCCCGACGCACCAAAUAUUACCAGUUAUUCGGGAUAUUUGACGGUUAAUAAAGAGUUUAACAGCAAUAUGUUUUUCUGGUAUUUUCCGGCACUGAAUAAAGAUAAGAGGGCCCCACUAUUGAUUUGGCUUAAUGGAGGACCGGGUGAUUCAUCAUUGUCCGGAUUAUUUAACAGAAACGGACCGUUAAUUUUGGAUGAAAAUGGCAGACCAAGUAUAAGACAGUACACGUGGGCUCAAGAAUUUUCAAUGAUAUAUAUUGAUAAUCCCGUCGGUGCGGGAUUUAGUUUUACACAAAAUGAUCUGGGUUAUGCCAGAAAUGAUACCGAUGUGUCCCGCGAUCUGUAUACAGCUUUACAACAAUUUUUUACAUUAUUUCCAAAUGAAAGACUAAAUGAUUUCUAUAUAACGGGUGAGUCAUAUGCGGGCAAAUUUGUUGUUGCAUUGGCUUAUAAAAUACAUACGGAAGGAAAGGCAUCCAAUAUUAACCUAAAAGGCAUAGCACUCGGUAACGGUAGGAUAGAUAUGGCCACACAGUUCACAUUCGGUGAACAACUUUUUCAAAUGGGUCUAAUCGAUGAAAAUCAAAAAAAUGUUUUUAUCAAUCAAGAGACUAAAGCUAAAAAUUUUAUUAAAAAUAAACAAUAUAUCGAUGCUUACACUAUAUAUCAGUGGGUAUUCCCUUAUUUUAGACAAAUUACGGCCAAUCCAUGGAUGCCAACACUGUUGGAUAAUUACAAAGUUUUAAUAUAUACCGGAAAUGUGGACAUCAUUGUGUCGGCGCCGGCAACUGAAAACUAUAUCCGAACCAUACAAUGGUCUAAAGCCCAACAGUACAGUAGAGCACAGAGAGUUAUCUGGAAAGUUGACAAUCAAAUAGCCGGUUAUGUUAGACAAGUGGGUGGUUUGGUUCAGGCGGUUGUCCGAAAUGCCGGUCAUUUUGUAACGUAUGAUAAGCCAAAAGCUGGACUCGAUUUGAUUACUAGAUUUGUUAAAAACAAACCUUUUUAA